CUCUGAUCAUAUCAAUAUCACGAAGCAAUAUUACUCCUCUCUAUCUCAUCUUUCUUCUCUCGGGUCUAUAUCUCUUUCUGUUUUCUUAACUUGUUGGAUAUGGGAGAAGUCGUAGAGAUCAUGUUCGGAAAUGGAUUCCCGGAGAUUCACAAAGAUACGACACCCAUUCAAACCCUCCACUCCAACCAGCAGGAGUGCCAUUGGUACGAAGAAACCAUUGAUGAUGAUCUCAAGUGGUCUUUUGCCCUUAACAGUGUUCUCCAUAAAGGAACUAGUGAAUACCAAGACAUUGCUCUUUUGGACACCAAACGUUUCGGAAAGGUGCUUGUGAUUGAUGGGAAAAUGCAAAGUGCAGAAAGAGAUGAGUUUAUCUACCAUGAAUGUCUGAUCCACCCGGCCCUCCUUUGCCACCCCAACCCCAAGACAGUGUUUAUAAUGGGAGGAGGUGAAGGCUCAGCCGCAAGAGAAAUAUUAAAACAUAAGACGAUCGAAAAAGUGGUCAUGUGUGAUAUUGAUCAGGAAGUUGUUGAUUUUUGCAGGAGAUUUCUGACCGUUAACAGCGACGCUUUUUGUAACAAGAAGCUUGAGCUUGUUAUCAAAGAUGCAAAGGCUGAAUUGGAGAAAAGGGAAGAGAAGUUUGAUAUCAUAGUGGGAGAUUUAGCUGACCCAGUAGAAGGUGGGCCUUGUUAUCAGCUCUACACCAAAUCCUUCUACCAAAACAUCCUUAAACCCAAGCUUACCCCUAAUGGCAUUUUUGUUACUCAGGCCGGGCCAGCAGGGAUAUUCACUCAUAAAGAGGUGUUUACGUCAAUUUACAAUACCUUGAAGCAAGUCUUCAAGCACGUUAAGGCUUACACAGCACAUGUGCCGUCAUUUGCGGAUACGUGGGGAUGGGUGAUGGCAUCAGACCAAGAAUUUGAGGUAGAAGUGAAUGAAAUGGAUCAAAGAAUCGAAGAUAGAGUGAAAGGCGAGUUGAUGUAUUUAAACGCUCCUUCUUUCCUCUCUGCUGCUACUCUCAACAAGACCAUCUCUCUCGCGCUGGAGAAGGAGACUGAAGUUUAUAGCGAAGAGAACGCGAGAUUCAUUCAUGGUCAUGGUGUGGCGUACCGGCAUACUUGAAGAAGAACCGGGUUCAGUUUCAUUAAUACCACAGCAUGUCUAAAAAGCCGGUUUUGUUUCUCCGCACAUGCAUAACCGGGCGUUGUCUUCAUUACUUUAGCUGCCUUUUCUUUUCUACAAUUGCUUGUUCCUCAAGUUACUCUUUGUUCAGUUUGGUUAAAAAACUAUAUUGCGAGCCCCAUCUUCAUUGAUGCUUUCAACAUAUUAUUUACUUGUCUACACCAAAUUCUAGAGAUCAAAACCUAGGUCAAUUAUAAUGUUAAGUUGUCUAACAAACUGAAAAAGGCGCCGAGGCCCGCGAAGAUGCAGGAGAGUAUCGAUUCAAGAAACCUAGUGGAUGGCGACACGGCCACGCUGCAGAUGAUUGUUGAGAAUACGGCGGG